UUGGUUUCUAGACCAAGACACAGCGAGGCGAGAAGACCAGCUCCAGUUGAGCUACUACAACUAGUCUCAAAGAUAGAUUGAAGACUAAUGCUCAAGCGUUGACCAGUUCAAGGGUUCAACUCAGCUCGGAAGUGACUGUCGCUCUCAUUUCUGUCUCUGCCAGAGCCCAGAAUAGCAGCAGUAUUGGCAGAGGUUUUGACUGUUUCAAAGGCGAAGGCGCCUUGCCAGUAUGCUACGAGAGGGAGCCAUUUUCCAGCUCCAAUCACACGGCCCACACGUCAAUAGAGGGGGGGCUGAGAUGGGCGAAAAGCAUGCCACUCGUGGAAAGCCGACAUUCCUUUGGCCAUGGCCAACAUCGGUCUGUUCAAUGGCGAAAAAUUCGAUUGGCGUUACGAGCAUCUAUGCAUACCAGGCCGAUUUCCAAAUUACAGUCUCCAUCUGUCUUGAUGCAUUGGCGCUCAUGUAUGCAUCCGAGAUUGAUGCCUGCAUCGGCGCCCACCCUGUCACCCUGCUGCAGAUCAUCCAUGGCAGUUAUGAGCACGGGGCCGUCGAUGAUCUUGCCCCAUAGAACUGGGAAUGGCACUUUAGCCUCUCCACGGCGGCCAGUUCAUGUUUAAGGGCAGCAGAAAAUAGAAAUAGAUAAGCAA